AUGUUGUCGUACCGAAGAUCUAUAGCAAUUUUCAGUUCGACGAUCCUCCGGAUUCUGAGCUAUGUCUUUCUUCGCUGGUACGAGAUCCCGGGACAUCCAUUUGCACCGAUAGUAAUAUCUUGCCUAUUGAUUUACCUAGCCUCGAUAUGGGGACUUGGAAGGAAACGCAACCUUAAUGCCGGCGCUGGAACCAAGCCCAAAACGAGUGAAAAGCCGAAAGAAAAAAAAGGGCUAGGCAGCAAAGGAAAAGGAGACGCGACGACCACACUCCCUACCCAACGUGUUUCCAGCCAAGAUACUGAACGUAUUUCAGCAUUUAAAUCACUCCUAACGGGUCUGCCGACAACUUCCUCAGUACCUGCUAGCCUGGCCACGAUUGGAGUAAACAUUUGCCUAGCUCUAUUCUCACUUGACUUUGUCUUCAGGGGUCUGAUAUUAUAUCCAACUGAAAAUCUUUCAUUCUCUCGGGUUGGUCAUGUUUCCUCAACGUCGGCACGAAUUUUCGUCCGAGAGCCCAACAAAAACCUCCCCAUCCGCGUUUCAUACCAGGAAAUCGACGGCCUUGGGGAUGGACGCCCUAUGAAAGCAGGUACCCUGUAUUCUCUCGAUGAUACUUCUGAUUAUACGUCCCCAAUUUCAAUUUCUGGCCUAAAACCUUCAACGAAAUACCGAUAUUCAUUGUCUAACAAUCAAUCGGGCGUGUUUUACACGGCACCGCAACCCGGCUCUCCGGGCUCAAAACAACUGAGAUUUAUAUCAUCGAGUUGUAUCAAGCCCAAUUUUCCCUACCGCCCGUUUUCUCAUCCUUUUCGAAUCCAUGGGGUCGACAUUCUCACGUCUACAUUAGAGAAAUUGGGCUCAUCUCUUCGUCCCGCCUUCAUGUUGUUUUUAGGCGAUUUUAUUUACAUUGACGUGCCAUGGCGGUUUGGAUCAUCGGUGAAACAUUACAGAGAUGAAUAUCGCAGAGUUUACUCGUCACCAAGUUGGCAUGUUUCUCCCGAUUCUCCUGCAAAUAUCCCAUGGAUUCAUACUCUUGACGACCAUGAGAUUGCCAAUGAUUGGGCUUCUGGAAACAUUACCGCUCCCUACCCGGCUGCCGCUGAUCCGUAUUUACAUUACCAUGUCAGCGUCAAUCCUCCAAUCCCAAGGAACCCUCAUGCUAUUGCGUCAAACACUACAUAUUUUUCAUUUACUCAUGGGCCUGCUUCGUUCUUCCUCCUGGAUACAAGGACCUAUCGUUCACGUCCACUGAAUGAAAAUUCAACAAUGCUAGGUUCAGCCCAGCUACAAUCGCUCUUGGAAUAUAUAUUAUAUCCCGAACCGGAGGGCGUCAAGUGGAAAUUCAUUACUAGCAGCGUCCCAUUCACCAAGAACUGGCAUAUUGGGACGCCAGACACAUGGGGUGGCUUUCUUAAUGAAAGACACGAGCUUUUAAGCGCUAUGUGGAGGGCCGAACGCGAUCUGGGUGUGCGGGUCGUUCUGUUAAGCGGAGAUAGGCACGAGUUCGCUGCAACGCGGUUUCCAGACCCUAUCCUUGCCUCUACUUCAACUCCGGAGUCAUUUUCUGGCCCUGGAACGGGUAUCCAUGAGUUUUGUGCUGGUCCACUCAGCCAGUUUUAUCUUCCAGUCAGGACAUAUAGCCAAGAAGAUAUCGAAGAUAUCGCAAUAAAAUAUGUACCGGAUGGAAAUUCUAAGUUUGGCUCCAUUAGUAUUGCCACUGAUAAGGUCAACGGCGAAGAAGUUUCGCGCAUGAAUUAUUCCUUGUAUGUUGAUGGCAAAGAAGUCUGGAGAUAUAGCCUUGUGACACCGUUGGUCAAAAAACGUCGUCCUUUACCACCUGGGGAAUUAGAAAUGGAUAUUGUGGACAGCUGGGCCAGCCGGUUUGAGGGGUGGACAUUACAUGCCCGUGAAAAAUUGGGGAUGGUCUGGCGAGUCAUUGAAACGUGUUGGGAUGAGAUGAUUAAAAUCGGGCGGUAG